GGAGUACGCGCGCAGUGAAUACCUCACAACCAGAGGAAUAUUCCGGACUAUUCACUGAUCUCUACAGCGGAGCUCUACGGACUCUCAUGGACCGUUUACAGUUGGACUUCUUGGGUACAUCGGAGACUCUUUUGAUCAGACUUGCCUUGUUCGGACAUCGAACCUAUGGUACAGGACAGCCUUAUAUUGCUCUAUUCCGACGCGCUCUUCAGGUUAACAUAGGAAAUGUGAGAGCAGCUUUGAACCAUAUAGCUGAUAGACGAAGACAACACGAAUGAACAAGUGAAGGUGCGCCAGCUUGAAGGGUAUAUUGCCAAGGCAAGCUCUUCUCAGAAGAGUAAGGAUAAGAACCAGCCUGUUUUACAGUAUGU